GAUGCCGCAGAGGGCGCCGAUGCCAUGGAAAUGUCACCACCCCCAUUGCACGAAACUCUGGAGCCCGACAACGACUCAGACUUGGUGAAAGCACAACGUACAGUUUUCUUGGGCAACGUGUCCGCCGAAGCAAUCACAUCAAAGUCAGCAAAGAAGACAUUGAUGCGCCAUCUCGAGUCGUUCUUUGAAGACAUCGCCGACCCUGAGAAGGGACAGCCUGCACACAGUGUAGAGUCGCUCCGUUUCCGUUCAACUGCUUACUCCAGCGCCAUCCCCAAGAAGGCCGCUUUUGCAAAGAAAGAGAUUAUGGUCGAGACAACAAAGUCCACGAACGCAUACGCUGUCUACUCAUCAAACGCCCUGGCUCGUGAAGCUGCUCGUCGUCUGAACGGAACAGUCGUCCUGGAUCGCCAUCUUCGUGUCGAUGAGGUCGCCCAUCCCGCAAAGACCGAGCCUAGACGAUGUGUCUUUGUUGGUAACCUUGGUUUCACUCCCAGUGAUGUCGAGGAAGGUCUUUGGCGUACAUUCUCUACCUGCGGUAAGGUCGAGAGUGUCCGCGUGCCCCGUGAUCCCCAGACCAGAGUAGGAAAGGGAUUCGCAUACGUUCAAUUCACUGAAGAAAACGCUGUUGAGGCUGCUCUUCUCCUGAAUGAGAAGAAGUUCCCUCCCAUGCUCCCUCGCAAGCUCCGUGUCACCCGCGCAAAGACGAUCAAGCGUAACGUCAAGCCCGGCAGCAACGCCGUCAAGGCACCCGGUGCCACCAACAAAGGCAUCUACAACCCCAAGGCUGAUCCUGUGAUGCAAUCCAACAUGGGUCGUGCAGGAAAACUGCUCGGCCGUGCUGCAGCCGCCCAAGUUCAAAAGGGCAAGCCG